AUGGCUCGAAAUCAAGAGAAGGCUCAGCUUGUGAGCAUUGGAGAAGAAAAAGUGUUGAAGGAAAUUGCUGAAAAAGUUACGAUCAUACAGAAUGCCUCACUAGGAGAACAUCGGAUUCGGGAUUUGAACGAUGAGAUUAAUCGAUUAAUUAAAGAAAAAGCGGAAUGGGAAAAACGGAUUGUAGAAUUAGGAGGAAUUGAUUACUCAAAACAAGAUAUUAAAUUACUUGAUGAUAAUGGUCAAUUAAUAGAAGUGGGAGGAGGAUAUAAAUACUUUGGAGCGGCACGGGAGCUGCCUGGAGUCAAAGAACUAUUGUUUGAAAGACAAGAAGCAGCCGAAAAACAACAGAAAACAAAGAUAUCUGAUUUGUACAAAGAUGUUGAUUCUUUUUAUUAUGGAUAUGAUGAGGAUAUUGAUGAUCCAAAUUUGAGGAUUGCUGAAGAAAAAGCGGAAGAAGAAUUAAGAAAAGAUUUCUACAAUCGUUACUUGGAAUCGACUGAAUUCAAAAAGAAAAAAUUUUCUGGUGAAGGAGUUCAAAAUGUAACCAGAGAAUUAUCACAAGCAAAACCUUUUGGCGUGCUAGGAGAAGAGGAUAAGAAAACGUUCAUUUACAAUGUUGUGGUUCCGUCACAAAAGGAAAUUGAAAAGCUACUCGUUGAAAAAAGGAAAGCAGAAGUGCUCAAAGAGCUUGGAGAUAUUUGA